AUGUCUGUAACCUUGCCACUUCUCCGUGUUCCUUACGUUGUGUUAACCCAAGUUAUUCGUUCAAUGGAUCCGACAAUUCUUGUAUCUCUCUCCCUUUGCUCCAAUCGGACGUUUCUUCUGAUUAAGACGCUUCAGAGUAAACUCACUAAUGCAAAUCUAUGUAUGGAUAUUUGGCCCGUUUUCAAUUGUUACAUUACCAACAAUAAAUCACGCUACAAUUUGUUCCAAGUUCAAGACGUCGACGACAUCUACUACCAGUGCGGUGGAGGAGAAACUGUGUCAACAAUCUACAGCAAUAAUAAGUUCUUUACGUUUUGGAAGGACCCUUGCGACGGAUUCAGAAGAGUGAUGAGUUAUGUAUGCGAUUUAUUCAGAUUGGAAGUUCAUACUGUACGAUUUUCGAAAGAUGCCUUUUGGACCGUCUUGUGGGUUCAAGAACGACAGAAAACGCUAGCCUUCGCGUGGCAGCAAAAUUUGCAGGUAUUGGAAGCUGAUGUGUACCAAAACACUCUUGAACUAUGCACAGCCGGGACAUUUUUCAUCGAUAUGGCUGUAGUAACUGCCACAUUAACUCAGGGAUUUCGUAUACCGAAAAGAGACACACUUCGUAUUGGAGAAGGAUCUUGGGUAACAAUUGAUCAUUUGUUGACAAUGGAUUGUGUUCAGUUGAAAGUUGAAGCAUCUCUACUGAAAAAAAGGAUAUUCGUCAGUUCAUCAACCACUGGUCAGCCGGUGGAAGUCCUCGAUUAA